AUGUCCGCACCUCCCACUAAACUCAAUCCUCACGAUGUCAUUAGCUCCUAUUUCAUUGGGCCCAAGGCAGAGAAUCUGGACAGCUUUAGGAUCAAUAUUAAAACAAUCCUAGAUGAGUUGCGGGAUUCUAGGCACCAAUAUUUUGAGAAUGAUGAGGUAUUCAUUACAGAAGAUGUCACAAAGUCGGAGCAGUACCAGCAAAUUGUCUUGAACUUCAACAAAGCUGUCCAAAAAGCUUCUCAAAUUUUGGGGAAACGGUCGGUCCCAUUCUGGUCCCCAAGAUAUGAGGGCCACAUGUGUACCGACUUGACAACUCCUGGGCUUCUGGGAUACUUCAUGACUAUGAUCUACAACCCGAACAAUGUCGCUGUGGAAGCAAGUCCGUUGACCACCUUGAUCGAGCUAGAAGUUGGGAAGCAACUGGCUGAAAUGUUUGGAUAUAACAUUGAUGAAAAAAAAAGAGCCUCCCCCUUUCCUCGCAACUUGAAGUUUUACCCGCUCACCUUGUCCUGGGCAAUGAAAGAAGGAUCGCUUUGGUUCAUUGCUGAUAAGUUCAAGGUUACCCCUUGUGUUGGUAAUGAGAAACUGUUCAAAGACCUUACUCCGUGGGAGCUUCUCAACCUGAGCUCUCACACAAUCUUGGGCCUGGCUGAUCGCCUACAUGAACAAUUUGGCAUUACAUCUAAGUAUCUCGAGGGAGCUUUGAAUCCCUUUAGCAUUCAAACUGUCGGUAAAGACCGCCUUGAAGCCUACUUUGGUAUUAACAAGCCCAUGAAGUACUUCCACGCCAAAACUAGACACUAUUCAUGGCCAAAAGGAGGCGCCAUCGCUGGACUUGGGUCAGGGAACAUGCACGGAAUCAAGCUUGACUUGGAUGGCCAUAUUUCUCUUGAGGACCUUGAGAUAGAACUCAAUCGCUGUCUAAGGGAACAGCAAGCAGUGUUUGCAGUAGUAGCCAUCAUGGGCUCUACUGAAGAAGGCGCUGCGGAUCCGCUGAGAGCCAUUCUUGAUAUGAGAGCGGACUUCCAGCGGAGGGGACUGUCAUUCCUAGUCCAUGCUGAUGCUGCAUGGGGAGGGUACUUCAGUACUAUGAUCCCUAAAGAUGCCAAGGCUCCACAGAUGCCAGGGAGUGGCAGUGGGGCUGGCGGAAAGGAAGUCAUAGAGAUUGUUCCGUCGCUUCCACUGAAGGAAAGCACUCUGACGAAUAUGAUUGCACUCAAGGAUGCAGACUCUAUUACCGUGGAUCCUCACAAAGCAGGAUACAUCCCUUAUCCAGCUGGCAGCUUAGUCUACCGUGAUGGGCGCAUGAGGUUCUUAGUGACAUGGACUAGUCCGUAUCUAUCCCAGGGCUCUUCGGAAAACAUUGGGGUUUAUGGUGUAGAGGGCAGUAAACCCGGAGCAGCCGCCAUGGCUACUUGGUUCUCAAAUACAACUAUCGGCCUUGACCGCAACGGCUACGGCAGACUACUAGGAGAAGCAGCUUUUACGAGCGCACGGUUGUCUGCCCAUUAUGCAGCUAUGCAUUAUGAAGAAGAGACUGAUCCAGUCAAAAAGAAGAAGCAUUACAUAUGCAUCCCCUUCAACAGACUCCCUAUGGAACAUGCUGGCUAUGGCUCCUUAUCUCCAGAAGUAAAUGCGCGAAGGAAGCACAUCCAAGAAAAUAUACUUGAGAAAACCAACGAGGAACUCAUGAAGAGCAAGGACGACAUGAAGUAUCUUCGUGAGCUAGGGUCUGACCUGAAUAUCAAUGCUUUCGCUCUGAAUUGGUACCGCGAGGAUGGCACUCUGAACGAUGAUCUUGAAGAAGCCAACUACUUUAUGAAGAGAAUUGUGCACCGCCUUUCCAUUACCAGCUCUGCCGGAAACCCAAGAGAGAUUCCACUUUACCUGACUUCAACUCAGUUCUCCGAGGAGCUUUACGGAGAGUGUGCUCAGAACUUCAUGAAGCGGCUACAUCUAGCUCCAGCGGCUGAGGACCUAUUUGUACUUCGCAAUGUGGUGAUGAGUCCUUUCCCCACUCAUAAAAAGUUCAUUUGCUCUUUGAUGGAGGUGUUCGAGAAAGUGAUCGAGGAGGAAGUCAAGAAUGUCUGGGAGCGUAACAAGCGAGGCAAAUACCAAGGUGUUUUCCUGAUGAGAGGCACCGAUGAGAUCUUCCUGGACUAUCAUACCAGCUUCCACCAAGCUACCCGGCGUCAACAGAUUAUUCUUGCGGCCAAACUGGACGGUAAUGAAAUGAAGGAAUAUGUGGAAUUGAAGAAAAAUCAGUCCGGAGAGAUAGCAUUCCAAUCCGAGGACCCGUUUGAUCUGGAAGGCUUUGUUGAGGAGGUGAAAAAUGGCAAAAACCCAACCCUCAAGGGCAUCCUUGGGGUAAGACAGAAAGACAAGAUAAUGAAGAGUAUUGACUGCACUAUCAAGGCUACUCGCAUUAUAAAGAGUCGGCCGCUCAACUCGGCCAACCGGGACCAUUCCUACCCGCAGCACAAUAUGCCAUUCUACCUAUACGGAACAAAAGAACAGCACCACAUCUCACACGUUCUUCUCAAGGCGCCAAACAUAUGUCUCUCUGCCAGCAACGUGAAACUUGAUACCGAGCUGGCCAAGGUGGUCCACGACAAUAUCUGUCAAGGACUGGUCUUGACGCUAUGUGACUAUCGCGAGGUUACCAUGCAACCUUGUCCGGACAAAAACGAGGUUAUAAAGAAAGACGCACACUUCUUCUUCCGCCCAGGCAAGGAGUUUGAGGUCAAGGUCUUCAGGGACCCGAAUGCGCCCAUUGCCUUCGGGCCGGGCCUGCUCGCCAACCUUGACACCCCCAUUGCCCGGGGUAAGAUGACACUAGACCAAGAUUGCCAUGUGGAUGUGGAAUCUCUCAACAAUGAUCCCUUAGACAAACAGACCCUCCCAUACAAUCCAUUGAAUGAUUUGAAGGAGCUCGAAAAGGUCCUUACAAUUGCAACUGCUGAGGAGAAUCCUCAGCCUGACGCCCCCAGGAUCGCUCAGCUCUCUGCCACUGCAGUGACUCAGUUCACCGCCGCUGAAACCUCUGCAGAUAGCACUAAUACUGCUAAUGUUUCUGGCACUCCUGGAACGCCUGGAACUCCUGAAUCUGACGAAUCAUCGACUUUCAGCAUUCCACGGCCUAUGGCCUAA